UUGUGGGGAGCGGUGGCGCAGCGGUUAGCGGCAGGCUCAACGCGCUGUGCAGUAAACACCGCCACCGGGGGCAGAGGCUAAAGUCGACCGGGCGCAGUUUGUUUCGGCCACCCAACCAACCCCGAUCCCCCGUGUGCCAACAAGUGGCCCGGGGCCUUUCAGAGACGCUGGCUGCACGCUACUCCACAGCAACUUACUGGCGUCUGUUACAGGCUACGCGGGGGACCUUUGCCUUUGUAGGGGGCGGGCGGGCGGGCGGGUGGCCGUGAACCGGCAACGCGCGUGCCCCGGAUCUAGUUCGUAGACACGUGCGCGUGUCCCAUGUGCGUCCCCAAACUGUGGCGCGUUCAUUUAUUUUACGCCUUAACGUUGUUGAGGGGAAGGGAGGGGAGGGAGGUGUUCGUUCCUAAAGUGCCCGCCGAAUUCGUUUUGCUCCAUGAAUGUACCGUUGCUUUGUGGUGUGGGUGGUGGUGGUGGUUGUUGUUGCAGAGAUCGCCGGGCGCUCUCCUCUGAUCGGCGUCGUUAUUAAGGCGCCGCUUUUUGGGAUCAUUCACAAUUUGCAGAGUUUGCGGGUGCCGAGUCUGAUCGAUUCGGUAGCGCCGUGUGGCCACUCGCGUUGGAUUCUCAUGCGUCAGACAUGCUCGGCUGGCAGCCCUUUCACUUGAGGAGGAUCGUGGCACAAGCAUGCUUCUUCUACCUAAAAGUACAAACGACCCAUUUACAAAAUCGCUGGGUGGUACCCCGUACCCUCUCGAAAGCAAUCUGCCACCUUGAAGUGUGCGGGAAGGGGCAGGUUCGCCGCUGUCAAACAACCAGUCAUCCCGCGGUCCGUGCAAGUGUGUCGGAGCCCUCCGCCGAGAUGAUGCAGAAGCUGGACGACCUUGGAGUGGAUCUCGCACUCCACAGGCAGGCACUCGGCGUUCUGAAGAAGCUGAAAGGCAGCGUCGACUUGAUCGACUUCCUCAAGGGCAAAGGGGCCUCUCAGCAGGUGGUGGCCAGCAUCGUAUGUAGGUACCCGCGCUCCCUCAGUCGCUCUGCCGAACACCUCGAGGAGCGGUGGACGCUGUGGAGAAAAUUCUUCAACUCCGAUGGGGACGUCCUCAAAAUCGUCAUGCGCUCCCCGGAGGCAUUCUUCCGCUCCUCGGACAACGCCACGUUGGCGGAAAACAUCGAGUACUUCACGUCGCUGGGGCUCGCCAAGAAGGACAUUUUGCGCAUCUUCUCCACCGCUCCCAGGGCGUUAUCCAACACCCCGGAGCUCAACAAGCAAAUGGUGGACUUUUUGAAAUGUACCUGCGUCUCGCUGGGAGGCGGGGACCCCGACAUUUUUGCGCAACAGGUCAUUUCGCGGAACGUGUACAUCCUCAUCCGCAGCACCAAACGGGUCAAGACCAACAUGGAGUUCCUUGUGACGCGGCUUCAGCUCACGGACAAGGAGCUGCUCGGCUUCCUGACGGCGAACAGCACCGACGCGCUCGACAUGUCCAGCGAGAGCCUCAAGCGGAAGCUCGAGGCCUUCUGGAGCGAGUGCCUUCAGCAAGGCUGCAACGACCAGGAGGUGAAGGUGUUCUUCAAGAAGUACUCCUACUUCCUCUACUUCUCCCUGGAGAACCUGCUGGAGAAGUUGCAUUGCUUGCUGGCCUCGGGUAUCACCAUCCACCAGGUGCUGGAGAGGCCGCGUUGCCUGGAGUUCAGUUUGAAGACGCUGAGCCACCGCUUGCAGGUCCUCCAGAGCGUUGGCUAUGAUUUUGAGAAGCAUGGCAUCAACAUUUUGAACAGCAACAAGUGCAAUUUUCAGGCAAAGUUCAGAAGGCUGCGGCCGGAUGCAUCCGACUGAGAAAUGAACAUCAGAGUCGUGGAGUACUGGAAUUCUUUUAAUAUUGACACAUCGGUUAAUUUGCAGAUGAGAUGCCAGACUUUAAAAAACAUUUGUCGUUAAAUAUUUGCGACUUAGCUUUCGUGUUAUUUGAGCAAGCUGCGUUGCAAAUAACCCUCAGAAUAGAGAUUUUGUGCUCAAGCAGUAAUUUGCAAAGGAAACUAGUAGCUGUGAAUUUUUUCAACUUCAAUAAAAUGUUCGUUCAAUGUUCAUGUGUAUAUGUAUUUGAAUUUAGCUGAGAAUGUAAAACAUUUCACUGGGGAGCAUUAUGACUGGAGGCUUGCAAUUUUUCCCGCCAAAUUUAUUUAAAUUAAGCCAUCGUAAUGUCAGAUAAAUAAUCGAUUUGUAAAUCUCACUGAGCGGUGUGCCCAAUGUGUCAGAACAGCCCACAGAGGCCAGCAGGAAUCUCCCAGCUGUAAUUGGACAUCGUUAUGCAAUUGUAUAUAUAUAUUUGAUGGGUGAAACAUGCCCUUGGCACAGUUUGCAAAGAAUAAUUUAUUGCAUUUUUCUCUAGAUUUUUUUUAAUUACCAAACAAAAUUCUGUGUAUUUGUGUAUUUUGUGUAGACUGUGUAUUUUGUAAUUGGAUCAACAAAGAAACUAAAAAUAAUACAGUUGUGUAAGGUUAUAAUCUCAUAAUAGGAUGCAUAUUUCUAAAUUCCAGUAAUUAUAUUAAAACAUAGAGUUUGUGCCAAAA